UUUCGUCAGAUUUUCGUACAUCUUUGCUUUGCCGCUGCGGUAAACAAAUUUUGAAAAGAUCAGUGAAUGCGGACAUAGGAAGUGUGAGAAAUGGUCGACAAAGGUGCUAAAGUGGCCGAGUUGUUCACAAAAGCUAUCGCAACUACGAAAUGCUUUGAUCAACAUUUGAGAAAGCUGAAAGUGCUUCACUGUGGGGAGGGCAGGAUGGUGACAGAAUUCCGCGUGGGCCCGGAGCACCUGAACCAGCGGGGCACCCUGCACGGGGGGUUCAUUGCGCACAUCGUGGAUGCUGUGUCCACAUACGCACUCACCACCAACCAGACUGUGGACACCCGGGGUGUCUCCGUCGACCUCAGUGUCAGUUACUACACAGCGGCGCGGGAAGGCGACAACAUAGAGGUGGAAGCAAUCACCAAGAAAACUGGGAAGAAAAUAGCUUUCCUAGAAGUUGAAGUCAGAAAUAAGGACAACAACAAAGUGCUAGCGGCCGGCCGGCACACCAAGUACAUUGGUAUCUAAUUUUACUUAUUAAUUCUAUUAGAAAACAAAUAACAAAGAUUUUUAAGUAUGUUGUAGGAUCCUCCAUUACCUAAUUUUUAAAUAUGUGAAUGAUUUUAAAAAUAUUACCUACUGAUGAUGUAGGUAAGUACUUACAUAAGAAACCAUAGUGAUAGUUAGUCAAAUAUUUUGUGAUGAUUAAGUUAAGAUUUAACAUGAUAUUUAAACUUUAUAUUAUUUAUAAUUUAGUGAGUAUUUAUUUUUUAAAUGUGCAUAUUAAAGCUCAUUUAACUGAAUUGAUGUAAAAUAUCUUU